AUGGUCAAAUCGCAUCCCGCGGUGAUUGCCAUCGGCCAAAACAAGGGCCACGCCAUCACAAAGUUCAAGGCUGCCGGCAAGCAGUCCAAGAGCGCACGUCCCUCCGCCAGGAAGGGCAAGCUCGGCAAGAGAGUCAAGCUCAUUAGACAGGUCAUCGGCGAGGUCGGCGGCGUCUCCACCUACGAGAAGAGAGUCAUCGAGUUCCUCAAGGCCGGCAGCGUCAAGGACACCAAACGCGCCUUGAAGCUCUCCAAGAAAGCCUUGGGCACCCACAGAAGAGCUAAGCUAAAAAGAGAGUCACUCAUGAACCUCCUCAGAGCCCAGCAAGCCAAGGCCAAGAAAUGA